AUGGAGAUAGGGUGCAUGGUGGUGCACCUGAGGCGGCGGUGGCAGCGUGGUCGCAAGGCUCAGACACGAGGUGAGGGGGCUGCUGUUGAUGCUAUGUGUCAAGCACAGACGAUGUUAUGCCCCAACCGGACCUGCACGGCGCCAUCCAAGGGCCGCCAGUGGCGUAUCUCGGCGAGCACCUCAGCGCCUGAUGCACUCUGCGCGCUGCUGUCGGUCACUCCAUGGAAGGGUAGAGGAUACGGCACGACGGCGGCGUGCAGCAGCACCGCGGUGACUUACCACUGGCACCACCCCUCCUGUGGCAUGCAGCACUCGUCGGCGGACAAUGACCACUUUCUUCUGCCGUCCCCCCCCCCUUCCGUUUCAGGUUUGAGUUUGCUGCCCCUAAAGAGACCCUCGCAUCUUGUCUGCCCCAGGUGUCCGUUGUCUUUUACGAGCAUCCACACCCACCCACACAUAUAUAUGUAUAUCUUCACAAGCACGAGCAGGAACUAUACGCCCGCUGUAGCUCGUAACUCUAUACAGUACAGCGAGCAGAGGAGGCAGAGCAGCAACCGAGUUUUUCUUCUUCAGACGUAA